AAGCAACUGAAGCGUAUCAGGCGGAAUUAAACCGAGCACCAGGUUCUAAUUCCACGCCGAACCACCGAGUGCUAUCAAAUACGGCGAGGUGAAGUUCCCAUUAAUCGCAUUCGAAGAAGGAAAUUGUGAAGAACCCGCCGACCUCGGUGGUGUCCCGCAUGUGCAUCCGCCGAAAUGGGUAACUUUCGUUUUUUCGCGUUUGCAGACUGCAAGAGUUAGUGUUGGACCAGAAUUUGCUGAGCGUCCUGCCGGCGACCGUAUGGGAUUUAAAGUUUUUAAAGAGCCUGAGAGUGGCUAGCAACCGUUUGGCCUUGCCUCCGGACAAAAGAGCUGAAAUGAGAGCCCUCGUUCUGUCUGAACCCGAGGAAAAGAACGAAGAUCCCGAAGGUAUUACCACUUUAAAUUUAAGAUGCAACAGACUGAAAGGCCACAUUAUUCUCGGAAAUUACGGGAGUUUAACCGAAUUAGAUGUCAGCGAGAAUAACAUAGAAAAUUUAGAUCUCAGCGCCGUAGGACAACUACAAACGCUCCAGUGUUCCAGAAACUGCUUAACAACAUUAACAAUCCACGGCAAAAGACUUACCUCAGUUAUUGCAGGAAACAACAUGUUAAAAAGCAUAUCAGUAAUCCACCAUCCGAAGGGCCUCAAGCAUUUAGACGUCUCCUACAACCAAUUAGAAUCCCUACCUAGCUGGUUAUCGGAUUGUCACGAACUAAGAUCUCUAUUCGCCAGCAACAACUCUCUACUGUACCUUCCGGAUUUUCUAUUCAACAACGAAUCCCCGUACUUGCACACGCUCCAAGUGGCUUACAACCAGCUGCAAAGCCUUCCGAAUGUCGCGACCAAGCUGCCCAUGCAGGAGCUCUUCAUGCAGAACAACAGCCUGUCCAUCUUACCAGAAGGUUUCUUCAAAAGUCUGACCAGCAUGAAAGUUCUAAACGUAUCGAAUAAUCGCCUUUGCGAUCUACCGAAACCCGACGAGAUUUUGCAAAUCGAAAAAUUGUUCCUCACCGCGAAUUGUCUGAUCGACAAUUCGUUGGAGAGGCUGGCCCCGUUUCUGAGAAACAUACGCAUCCUGCACGCGGCUUACAACAAUUUCACCAUUCUACCCGACAACUGCACGGUGUUUUGGCCCGAAAUCGAGGAGCUCGUGCUAUCCGGCAACAAGCUGUUGAAGCUCCCGCAUUCGCUGGAAACCAUGAAGCACCUGCUGGUGUUGCGAGUGCACUCGAACCUCCUGCAAACCAUACCGAAGCUCUCAUCGCUGUCGUGCCUGCGCGUCCUGGACCUGGCCCACAACCAGCUCGAUCGCGUCGAUCUCAACAACCUCAUCCCGCCGAAUUUGAAGUUCCUCGAUUUGUCCUGCAACACCAAUCUGCACGUGGACUCGCACCAGUUCAACACGUACAGGACCCAGCGGCCGAUGAGCCUCGUCGACGUGUCGGGGAAGAACCGCACGACACUGCCGCUGACGCCGUCCCCGUUCUGCGAGAACGACUUCACCGAGCACUGCUGGUCGGUGGGGUUCUCCGAAACCGCCGGCAGCAAGCAGAAGCUGUACAUAUCGCAAAUUCGCCUGCCGGCUUUCUGCAACACCGAAGCCUUGUUCGGGAUUUUCGACGGGGAAUCCAACGGCGACCUGCCGAACGGCAUCGAGAAAGUGGUGCCCAGGAUACUCCUGGAGGAGCGGACGGUGAAGGAGACCGCCCACGAUUACAUGAAGUACACGAUGCUCGCCGUGCAACGGGCGCUGAGAGAUAAGGGCCAGAAGCUAGGGAUGAACGCGAUACUCAUACACGUGUUGAAAUCCAAACAAACCGCCGAAUACUCGUUCUGCGGCAGCAUCAAGAAGUACGUUAUGAAAAUCGCUAACAUAGGGGACGUUCGGAUUGUAUUAGGUCGAGUGUCCGGACCGGUGAGAGUUCUACCGAGAAAACCGAAGAAAAUACGGACGAACCUGCAAGUACAAAUGAUCAUACCCGAUCCGGACGUGACGGAAAUCCUGCUGGAGGAACAAGACGAGUACAUGAUAAUAGCCAACAAACACCUAUGGGACGUCAUUACGCCGGAAAACGGCAUAAAAGAAGUCACGUUGCAAAGGAACGUGAUACUAGCCGCCAAGCGACUCCAAGAUCUCGCCCAAAGCUACGGAGCCGAAGAGAACCUCAGCAUCAUCGUGGUGAAAUUCAACGUUCUGAGCUCGGACGUGGAUCUGUUGAUGCGCGAAUUGCGCCAAACCAUCCGCAAGAACAAAUACCAACCCGAAGCGAGCGCGACCAGCCCGUGCCAGCCGGGCUGCUGUUGCGAGGCCCUCAACCAGGAGUGCUUGAAUUGCCUCGAGCAGAUUCCCAUCCCGCCGCCGAUGAUGCCCUGCGACGACCGAUCGUCGCCGAGCGGCCAGAGCGAGAACAACUGCAGCGACUGCAACUUCUCGGCGAAGAUGUUCAUCGCGCAGCUGAACAAGCAGAACGAGAGCCGAUCGGUGCGCAGCCUCACGCCCUCCAUAUUCGAGAGCGUCGACGUGAAAACGAACCCGGAGAGAAGGAGCUACCGGGGCGUCGCCAAGGCGCUGCGCCAGCGGAAGGAAGAGGAGAGGAAUAGAGAGGACUCCGAUUCGGCGCUGUCCGAGGAGCAGUUCAAGUGCUGGGAGUACAUGCUCGAGCAAAACACGCAGCUUCUGUUCGACAAGGAGCUGAACAGCACGCUGAGCAAGCAUUCGAAGAACAAACCGGCCGCUCUGAAAUUGGCCGUUUUGUCGAGGAGUUCGCCGCAAUUGGCUGAUUCGGGGCCGGGUUACCAGGGAUCGUUUCUUUCGAAGCAGUUCGGCAGUUCCAGGUCGUUCAAUCCGCUGCUGUCUAGGUCGAGUUCGAGGUUCGCCUUGGACAAGAAGCAGCUGCUGGGGGGUCCGCAUGCUGCAUAUUUCGGCAGUUUGCAGCGGUUGAUGCCGUACAAUUUGGAGUACGAUUUUUCGUUGAUGCACGAAAGGGGAUUGGCCGAUUCGAUGGACCUCGAUAGGAUGCAGCAGUAUUGGGGAGUUACGACUACCGAAUUGUAAAGAGAAUCGUGUGAAUAAACGUUUGUAAGAUAUUCAGAGAAACCGUUGUUCUUAUUUUUGUAUUUAUCGAAAGACAUUAUGGAAACAAUAAAUAAAAUUAAAUAUUUAGUUUGACGACUAGAAUAUUACAACAGACACAGAUCAUUUUUCUUCAUUGACUAGAAAGUAGGUACUACUACCUGCAUAUACAUUUACAUGAUUUUUAGAAAACAACUGGUUUUGGUACUUGUCCAUCAGAAUAUCAAAUUACCGGAUGAGUUUGAUAAAUAUUUUUAGAAUUUAACUUUUAGUAAAAAUAGGAAUGCAUCUGAGUAAGUAUAAAUCACAGUUACGAAAUUAAAUAAUAAUUAAGUUACAUUCGAAAAAUAUCUACACAAAUUUUUAAACCAUACAUAACAUGUAUUUUAUUUAUGAAUAACUAACUGUUUAAUAAAAUAAAUUCAAAUAAUUAUAAGAUACAAGAUAGUAAGUAUUGAUAUAAGAAUAGGAACUUUUUAGUUAAACAGUAAUAAUGCUGGUAUGUUUGGUUUAACUCGAAAUUUCGAUAUUCUGAUUCGUAUUCUUGUCUUUAAUUGGUCACAACCAAUUUCAAUUCAUAUUCCGUAAUAUUUUGUACAAUAUUUUGUUUGAAAUUGACCGAUUGUUGCGUUAAAAUUCACGCAUAAAGAAGCAGACAAAAGUAUUAUACAGUGUAGCAAAUUUGAAAGAUAUCACGGCAGUAGAAAAUUUAUUCAAACUUCUUCGGUUUCAUGUUCAUUAAAAUGAUUCGAAUAGAAAGAAGCAGAUUAAUCUAAGUAAAAACUCUACCAAUUUAGUCUACUUCUUUAAACGUUGGCAAUAUUAUUUUGAAUUUACACGAAUAAAACUCUGCAAAUAUUCAAUAAAGUCUGUAGCGCUGGUAACUGGAUUUUGGUUAAGAAGACGUAGAAGGGUCAGUAAUGUGCGCUGGACGGUUCUCCCAGCCAAGAAUCCGGGCUGGGUGGAAAAUCAGGAUAGCCCCUAGGACUGCUAUCGUUGCUGAUAUCAGUGUCAGCACCUCCUGGAAUGUUGUGGCCUAUAGACAUGGCCGUAUGCGCUCCUUG